AUGGCGGAGCGGCUCCCACCGGGCCCCCCCCCGGUGAUUUUUUGCCAGGAUUCCCCGAAGCGCGUCCUGGUCUCCGUUAUCAAAACCACCCCGAUCAAACCCUCCUCGAGGGGGAGCGGGGGUGAGGAGCCGAUGCCCGUUCCGCCUGUCCCCACCAGCCCCGGCUUCAGCGACUUCAUGGUCUACCCGUGGCGCUGGGGCGAGAACGCGCACAACGUGACCCUCAGCCCCGGCGGCAGCGACAGCACCGCCGGCCCUUCAGCCCUCCCGCCGCCCCGCGGGGGAGCGGGCAGAGUGCCCGGCGGGGACGAGGAGAAGGCGGGGAACCCGGGGAGUGGCGGCCGGCACCGGCAUCUGAAGGAUGGAAUAAGACGUGGCCGUCCAAGAGCAGACACCGUCCGAGACCUGAUCAGUGAAGGAGAGCAUUCUUCCAGCAGAAUACGCUGCAAUAUUUGCAACAGGGUCUUCCCACGAGAGAAAUCACUGCAAGCCCAUAAACGAACUCACACCGGUGAAAGGCCUUAUUUAUGUGACUACCCAGAUUGUGGGAAAGCCUUUGUACAGAGCGGACAGCUCAAAACUCACCAGCGUCUCCACACAGGAGAGAAGCCUUUUGUCUGCUCAGAGAAUGGCUGUUUAAGCAGAUUCACGCAUGCGAACCGUCAUUGUCCCAAACAUCCAUAUGCCCGACUGAAGAGGGAAGAGCUCACAGACAGACUGAGUAAAAAGCAGACAGCUGACAAUAAAGCUGUGGCUGAGUGGCUGGCGAAAUACUGGGAGACAAGAGAGCAGCGUGCUCCUGCUUUGAAGACCAAAGCAAUCCAGAAAACGGAUCAGGAACAGCAGGACCCAAUGGAGUAUCUUCAGUCUGAUGAAGAGGAUGAUGAAGAGAAAAAUAGUGCUCAUUCAUCUGCCCGGCACCGCCGCCUCCAGGAGCAGCGUGAACGCAUGCACGGUGCGCUGGCACUCAUCGAGCUCGCAAACUUAGCUGUGGCACCCCUGCGACAGUAG